UGCAGCAGAUGCCCGGAACCUAAACGCGGAGAAGCAAAACAAGCUGCAACUACGGCGCUCAGCUCUCUCCCGUGUUUGGAUGCAAGAAGAUAAUAGGAUUGAUUGCACUUAUUCAGCUUCGGUGUUUUUCCCCAACAUAGAUAUAUUCUGGCUCAUACUUGUUGCAUAGCUUAUAUGCUAAUGCUAGCGAGUUAGCUUCGGCAUGAACUCGCUGGUUGGCUAUGGAGUUUCCUCCGGCAGCGAGGAAGAGGAGGACGACGUAAACAACGGGAAAGCGGACUCUCCUCCGGAUGGCGGCGAUGCUGCUGCCAAAAAGAGCCGCAACUUCUUACUGGAGUCCGACUCCGCAUCGAGCGGCUCGGACUCGGAGGAGCAGGAGCCCUCGUCGUCCUCGCCUCCUGCCCGUAACCGCUCCUCUGCGCCCCGACCCGCCGCGGACUCGGUCGCCCCUAAAAAGUUACCGCCCCCCAGUCUGGGCGCGUCGUCGGACAGCGGCGUGUUCGCCAACCCGUUCCGGGCGCAGGCCGAGCGGAAGCUCAGCGCGCUGCAGAAGCACGUCCCGCUCACCCUGCACGCCAGACCCGCGCAGAUCGGGGGCAAAAAGGUGUGCGUCUCCUACAGGAAGGACGGGAGGUGCCGCUUCGGCAUCAAGUGCAAGUUUGCUCACGACAGCGACCUCCAGACCGCGGUGGCCGCCGGCGACUGCCGUCCGGCCGCCGGCGAGGAGGAGCCGGGCGGAGCGUCCCGGAGCGCGCAGCGGGAGGCUCACCAGAGGGACGGAGAGCAGCAGCAGCAGACGAAGAAGAGGAGAGUUGGACUGAGCAACACUCUGAUUCCUCCUAAAAGAGCGCUGAAGCAGUAUGCCAUGCAGAGAGACAGAGGGCAGACCGAUAUGUCCCGAUGACCCCCUAGAUAUUGGGAAUAAACCCAGAAACUAUGUAUAGUGUCCCUAAUGUGGAGCUUUCAGGACCAGACAUCACUUUGAUGCCCCCCCCCCCCCCCCCUUUGUCGUAUUUAUUCUUCCCAGUCACACAUGGACCAGUUCGCUGUUCUUUCUGAGAGACAUUAAACAGAAAUCUGUGUAAAUAGCUGGGAUGGACUGGGUACCGGCAUCAAAAGUGAACCACAUUUUAUCACCAACAUUUCCCCUCGUACCGUUCCAGGAAGCCCUACCUCUGCAUCAUUUCACCACGUGUUUGUGUAUUCCGCUUAACUUAAUGUACCAGAACUAAAAUAAACGUCUGAUAACGUAGAAGUGAAAAACACAUGUGUCGCCUUUCCAUUUUAAAUCAAGCAAUUAUCCAAGACUAUCCAACAGGAGAGGCCCAUGGAGUAAAAAGGAUAAAACCCAUGGAUUAAAUGUUAAGGUGUUUAUUAACAUUUUUAUGAACUGACUUUUUUUUUUUGUGUGUGUUUUUGUGCUAGAACAACUAAUGUGUGAGAGUAUUAUGUUUGACAGCGUCUCUUUUCAAACAAGGUUACGCUUCAGAGGUCACUGACAAACCAGUGACUGUUUAACACGUUCAUAGUGACUCGCAGUGUCAGUGGUCCUCCUUUGGCUCCUUAACACAUCGGAUUAAACUAGUUACUGUUCCUGCAACGUAAAAAAA